GCGGCCGCCGCCUCAGCAGGAGUUUAGGCGCUUAGUUCUCCAACAUGGCGGAGCGACUUUCUCCUGCGGAGUCGGCAGACCAGGUGUGCACCUUUCUCUUCAAAAAGCCCAGGCGGAAAGGGGCCGCGGGCAACCGAAAGCGCCCGGUGUGUGACGCGGAGCCCGGAAAUGGCAAUAGCAGUGGUGACGAAGGCAGCACUGUGGUGCGACCCGAGAAGAAGCGGGCGACCCACAACCCGAUGAUACAGAAGACCCGUGGCAGCAGUAAACAGAAGGCUGCCUACGGUGAUCUGAGCAGCGAGGAAGAGGAGGAGAGUGAGGGUUUGGGUGUGGUGUACAAGUCCACGCGUUCGGCGAAGCCUGUGGGGCCAGAGGAUAUGGGAGCGACAGCGGUCUACGAACUGGACACAGAGAAGGAGCGAGACGCACAGGCCAUCUUUGAGCGCAGCCAGAAGAUCCAGGAAGAGCUGAGGGGCAAGGAGGAUGACAAGAUCUAUAGGGGAAUCAAUAAUUACCAGAAAUACAUGAAACCCAAGGAUACGUCUAUGGGCAAUGCCUCCUCCGGCAUGGUGAGGAAGGGACCCAUCAGGGCGCCUGAACAUCUGCGGGCCACCGUGCGCUGGGAUUACCAGCCCGACAUCUGUAAGGACUACAAGGAGACUGGCUUCUGCGGCUUCGGAGACAGCUGCAAAUUCCUCCACGACCGUUCAGAUUACAAGCACGGAUGGCAGAUCGAGCGUGAGCUGGAUGAGGGUCGUUAUGGUGUCUGCGAGGACGAAAACUACGAAGUGGGAAGCGAUGAUGAGGAAAUACCGUUCAAAUGCUUCAUCUGCCGUCAGACCUUUAAAAACCCAGUUGUCACCAAGUGCAAGCAUUAUUUCUGCGAGAGCUGUGCACUGCAGCAUUUCCGCACCACCUCGCGCUGCUAUGUCUGUGACCAGCAGACAAACGGUGUAUUCAAUCCUGCUAAAGAAGUGAUUGCUAAGCUGGAGAAGCAUCGAGCUACUUCAGAGGAUGGUCCCUCUGAUAUCCCAGAAGACCCUCAUCGGGUCUAACUCCCAUUACUUAGGUUUCCCAAAAUUGUCAGAUCUCUAAAUAUUUUGUUUUUCUUUGGUAGUCUUAAAAGCAAAAACAACCACAAUUGAAGAAAUAUAUUUUCUGGAAGAAAUAUCAACUAUUUGUUUUAUGUAAAGGUGUUGCUGAUUGAAUUAAUAUACUUAACCUCUCAAGAACUCUCAAAGUAGCCACCCCAUGUACAAAUACACAUUCUGACUCGAAUUGAAAACUAGCUGUUCGUGCUCUGCUGGUCCUUGGUGUCAUUUUUUUCGUUUUUAAGAAGCAAGUGUUGCCACCUGGUGGAGAAAUAAAUUCAGGACUGGUGAAAGGAGACUGCUGGUUUAAAAUUCAAAGGCAAAAGUUAAUGGUUUAUGGAAAAUGUAAGAUGGUUCUGUAGAAUCCCAAGUAACGAAGAAAUGAGGAAGAUGUGGGACCUAUGAAUUUAAAAUUGCAAGAUAUGCAUUAAGGCAGAAAGUUUUGCUCUGUAUAUAUACAGUAUAGAAUUUGUUGAACAACUUGAAAAAAGAUUCAAAAAAUAUUCAAAGCAUACAUCUUUAAAAAAAGUUUCUACUUUA